AUGCCCUGCAGUAAGGAUGAACUCAUGACACUGAAAGGAAACAUUUGGGGAAAGGAGCUCGAUACUUGUGUGCAUCGCUGCAUUGAACCAUGGACUUCAAGCUGGACCUCUGUGUUUGGAUCAUGGUGUUCUUCCCUUUGCUUUUACAUGAACUUUCCACCGAGGGGACAAGUGAAGUCAGUGCAAGUUUUUCUGAUACAGAUUCUACCAGUACAGCACCAUAUACACCUGUACCUGCAAAUUCAUUUUCAGAGUCUAUAGCAGUGAAUGAAUCUGGGUUAAAUAUAGUUACAACAACUGCCAACACUGAAACAGAGAACUCUACUGCAAUGCCAUCAACUAACAGCUCCUCAUCAGAACCCGAGACUUUGCCAACAACACAACCUACCACUGAUGCUCCUUCUACAGUGUCUGAAAGUGGGUUUUCUACAGCAGAUCUGUAUUCUAUGAGAUCUACUGAUGCAGCAACAACUGAAUCCACUACAAUGGAAAGUACUGAGCUCCCCAGUGGUGCACCUUCUACUACACUUUCCACCACAGGACAUAUUAUAAUGGCAUCAGCUAAUGCCCCCACAUCAGAGACUGUUCUGGUAGAUACCAAUGAAUUGAAAACCAAAGUUCCUUCAACAACUGAAUUUCCCACAGAAAUCACUUCUAAAACUAGUGAAUUUGAACAUUCAACUAUAGAACCUUACAUAAAGGAAACACCUAAUGCCUCACCAUCAGAAUCCACUUCAGGAGGAACAACUGAAGAGCUUUCUCCAACCAUUGGAACUGAAGUUGCAACAUCAGAACCUUAUACAAAGGAAUCAACUGAUGCCUCAACAUUUGCUACCGUGGAAAUAACAGAAUAUUCCACAGCAUUGCCUUUUACAACUGGACAAACCGAUUAUUUCACUGACAAACUUUCUAAAACUUCUGAGAGUUUCACUACAGAACCUUAUACAAUGGAAUCAGCUGAUAACUCUAAAUCAGACUCUGCUUCUGAGGGAACAAAUGAAUUUACAAAAACUCCAGCAACUGUCUUUUCCACUGUGGAAUCUUCUUCAACAGAAUUAACAGCGACAUUAGAAUCGACUACAAAGGAAACAACUGAGCAUAUGAUUGAAGAACCUUCUAUAACUGCUGAAUUUUAUACUACACAAACCUAUACUAUGGAAUCAACUGAUAUUUCAGCCUCAGAAUCAGCUACUGUGCAAACAAUUGUGACAGAGGUAUUGUCUAUUACUACAGAUCUUUAUACAAUGGAAACCAGUGAUACUUUAAUAUCAGAAUCUCCUACAGUGCAAACAACUGACCUGCCCACAAAAGAACCUUCAAUGACUCCAGUCACCAACAUUCCUACUACAGAAUCAUAUACAGUGGAAAUAGCCUCAGAAUCUCCUACUGUGGAAACAACUAAGACUUUGACAGAAGAACCUUCUGUUACUACUGAAGUUUUUACUACAGAACUUAAUACAAUGGAAACAACUUCAGAAUCUCUUACUGUGAAGACAACCGAGAGUUUGACCAAAGAACCUCCUACUAUGGAAACCACUGAGAAUUUGACUGAGGAGCCUCAUUUUAGUACUGAUUCUUAUACCACAGAAAUAGCUUCAGAAUCUCCUACUAUGGAAACCACUGAGAAUUUAACAGAAGAAACUUUUAUGAUUACUGAAGUUUUUAUUACAACAACUGAGAUUUUGACAGAAGAACCUUUGUUUACUACUGAAAAUUUUACUACAGAACUUAAUGCAGAAAAAACAACCUCCGUUGACACAAUUGGGAAUUUGACUGAGGUACCUCCUACUGUGGAAACAGCUGGGACUUUAACUGAAGUACCUUCUGUUACUACUGAAGUUUUCACUACAGAAUUUUAUACAAUGGAAACAACCUCAGAAUCUCCUACUGUGGAAACAACUGAGACUUUGACAGAAGAACCUUCUUUUACUACUGAACCUUUUACUACAGAAUUAUUUACAAUGGAAACAACCUCAGAAUCUCCUACUAUGGGAUCAACUAAGAAUUUUACUGAAGAGCCUCCUACUAUGGAAACAACUGAGAAUUUUACUGAAGAGCCUCCUACUAUGGAAACAACUGAGAAUUUUACUGAAGAGGCUUCUUUUUCUACUAAACCUUUUACUGCAGAAUUUUAUACAGAAUCUCCUUCUGUGGAAACAACUAAGACUGAAGAACAUCCUUCUAUGGAAACAACUAAGAGUUUGACUGAAGAGCCUUAUUUUACUACUGAACUUUUUACUACAGAAUUUUUUACAAUGAAAACCACUUCAGAAUCACCUAAUGUGGAAACAACAGAGACUUUGACAGAGGAGCCUUCUUUUACAACUGAAAUUUUUACUAAAGAAGAAACAACCUCAGAAUUUCCUACCAUGGACACAACUGAGCAUUUGACUGAAGAACCUUCUGUUACAACUGAUGUUUUUACUACAGAAUUUAAUACAGAAGACACAACAUCAGAAUUUUCUACUAUGGGAACAACUGAGAAUGUGACUGAAAAACCUCCUACUGUGGAAACAACUGAGAAAUUCACUGAAGAAACUCCUACUAUGAAAACGACUGAGAAUUCGACUGAAGAGCCAUCUUUUACUACUGAACUUUUUACUACAGAAUUGUAUACAAUGGAAACAACCUCUGAAUCUACUACUAUGGAAACGACUGAGAAUUUGACUGAAGAGCCUUCUUUUACUACUGAACUUUUUACUACAGAAUUUUCUGCAAUGGAAGCAACUUCAGAAUCUUCCACUGUUGAAAAAACUGAGAAUUUGACCAAAGAGCCUUCUUUUACUCCUGAACUUUUUACUACAGAAUUUUUUACAAUGGAAACAACUUCAGAACCUCCCUCUGUAGUAACAACAGCGACUUUGACAGAGGAGCCUUCUGUUACUGCUGGAAGUUUUACUAGGGAAGAAACAACCUCAGAAUUUCCUACCGUGGAAACAACUGAGAAUGUGACUAAAGAAUCUUCUGUUACUACAAGUGUUUUUACUACAGAAUUUAUUACAGAAGACACAACCUCAGAAUUUUCUACUAUGGAAACAACUGAGAAUGUGACUGAAAAAACUCCUACAAUGGAAACAACUGAGAAUUUGACUGAAAAGCCUCCUUUUACUACUGAACUUUUUUCUACAGAUUUUUUUACAAUGGAAACAACCUCAGAAUCUCCUACUAUUGAAACAACUGAGAAUUUUACUGAAAAACCUUCUGUUACUACUGAACUUUUUACUACAGAACAUUAUACAAUGGAAACAGCCUCAGAAUCUCCUACUAUGGAAACAACUGAGACUUUGACAGAAGAACCUUCUGUUACUACUAAACCUUUAACUACAGGAUUUUUUAUAAUGGAAACAACCUCAGAAUCUCCUACCAUGGAAUCAACUGAGAAAUCUAAUGAAGAAACUCGUACUAUGGAAACGACUGAGAAUUUGUCUGAAGAGCCUUCUUUUACUACUGAACUUUUUACUAUGGAAUUGUAUACAAUGGAAGCAACUUCAGAAUAUCCUACUGUGGAAACAACAAAGAUUUUGACAGAAGAGGCUUCUGUUACUACAGAACUUUUUACUACAGAAUUUUAUACAAUGAAAACAACUUCAGAAUCUCCUACUGUGGAAACAACUGAGACUUUGACUGAAGAACCUUCUUUUACUACUGAAAUUGUUACUACAGAAGAAACAACUUCAGAAUUUCCUAUCGUGGAAACCAAUGAGCUUUUGACUGAAGAACCUUCUGUUACUACUGAUGUUUUUACUACAGAACUUAAUUCAGAAGACACAACCACAGAAUUUUCUACCGUAGAAACAACUGAGAAUUUGACUGAAGAACCUCCAACUAUGGAAACAACUGAGAAUUUUACUGAAGAGCCUUCUUUUACUACUGAACUUUUUACUACAGAAUUUUUUUCAAUGGAAGCAACUUCAGAAUCUCCUACUGUGGAAACAACAAAGACUUUGACAGAAGAGCCUUCUGUUACUAUUGAAAUUUUUAAUACAGAAGAAACAACUUCAGAAUUUCCUACCGUGGAAACCACUGAGCUUUUUACUGAAGAACCUUCUGUUACUACUGAUUUUUUUACUACAGAACUUAAUACAGAAGACACAACCACAGAAUUUUCUACCGUGGAAACAACUGAGAAUUUGACUGAAGAACCUCCUACUGUCGAAACAACUGAGAAUUUUACUGAAGAGACUUCUUUUACUACUGAACUUUUUACUACAGAAUUUUUUACAAUGGAAGCAACUUCAGAAUCUCCUACUGUGGAAACAACAAAGACUUUGACAGAAGAGCCUUCUGUUACUACUGAAAUUUUUACUACAGAAGAAACAACUUCAGAAUUUCCUACCGUGAAAACCACUGAGCUUUUGACUGAAGAACCUUCUGUUACUACUGAUGUUUUUACUACAGAACUUAAUACAGAAGAUACAACCACAGAACUUUCUACCGUGGAAACAACUGAGAAAUUGACUGAAGAACCUCCUACUAUGGAAACAACUGAGAAUUUUACUGAAGAGCCUUCUUUUACUACUGAAUUUUUUACUACAGAAUUUUUUUCAAGGGAAGCAACUUCAGAAUCUCCUACUGUGGAAACAACAAAGACUUUGACAGAAGAGCCUUCUGUUACUACUGAAAUUUUUACUACAGAAGAAACAACUGCAGAAUUUCCUACCGUGGAAACCACUGAGCUUUUGACUGAAGAAACUUCUGUUACUUCUGAUGUUUUUACUACAGAACUUAAUACAGAAGACACAACCACAGAAUUUUCUACCGUGGAAACAACUGAGAAUUUGACUGAAGAACCUCCUACUGUCAAAACAACUGAGAAUUUUACUGAAGAGACUUCUUUUACUACUGAACUUUUUACUACAGAAUUUUUUACAAUGGAAGCAACUUCAGAAUCUCCUACUGUGGAAACAACAAAGACUUUGACAGAAGAGCCUUCUGUUACUACUGAAAUUUUUACUACAGAAGAAACAACUUCAGAAUUUCCUACCGUGGAAACCACUGAGCUUUUGACUGAAGAACCUUCUGUUACUACUGAUGUUUUUACUACAGAACUUAAUACAGAAGAUACAACCACAGAACUUUCUACCGUGGAAACAACUGAGAAUUUGACUGAAGAACCUCCAACUAUGGAAACAACUGAGAAUUUUACUGAAGAGCCUUCUUUUACUACUGAACUUUUUACUACAGAAUUUUUUUCAAGGGAAGCAACUUCAGAAUCUCCUACUGUGGAAACAACAAAGACUUUGACAGAAGAGCCUUCUGUUACUACUGAAAUCUUUACUACAGAAGAAACAACUUCAGAAUCUCCUACCAUGGAAACCACUGAGCAUUUGACUGAAGAACCUUCUGUUACUUCUGAUGUUUUCACUACAGAACUUAAUUCAGAAGACACAACCACAGAAUUUUCUACCGUAGAAACAACUGAGAAUUUGACUGAAGAACCUCCAACUAUGGAAACAACUGAGAAUUUUACUGAAGAGCCUUCUUUUACUACUGAACUUUUUACUACAGAAUUUUUUUCAAUGGAAGCAACUUCAGAAUCUCCUACUGUGGAAACAACAAAGACUUUGACAGAAGAGCCUUCUGUUACUACUGAAAUUUUUAAUACAGAAGAAACAACUUCAGAAUCUCCUACCAUGGAAACCACUGAGCAUUUGACUGAAGAACCUUCUGUUACUUCUGAUGUUUUCACUACAGAACUUAAUUCAGAAGACACAACCACAGAAUUUUCUACCGUAGAAACAACUGAGAAUUUGACUGAAGAACCUCCAACUAUGGAAACAACUGAGAAUUUUACUGAAGAGCCUUCUUUUACUACUGAACUUUUUACUACAGAAUUUUUUUCAAUGGAAGCAACUUCAGAAUCUCCUACUGUGGCAACAACAAAGACUUUGACAGAAGAGCCUUCUGUUACUACUGAAAUUUUUACUACAGAAGAAACAACUUCAGAACUUCCUACCGUGGAAACCAAUGAGCUUUUGACUGACGAACCUUCUGUUACUACUGAUGUUUUUACUACAGAACCUAAUACAGAAGACACAACCACAGAAUUUUCUACGGUGGAAACAACUGAGAAUUUGACUGAAGAACCUCCAACUAUGGAAACUACUGAGAAUUUUACUGAAGAGCCUUCUUUUACUACUGAACUUUUUACUACAGAAUUUUUUACAAUGGAAGCAACUUCAGAAUCUCCUACUGUGGAAACAACAAAGACUAUGACAGAAGAGCCUUCUGUUACAACUGAAAUUUUUACUACAGAAGAAACAACUUCAGAAUUUCCUACCGUGGAAACCAAUGAGCUUUUGACUGAAGAAUCUUCUGUUACUACUGGUGUUUUUACUACAGAACUUAAUACAGAAGACACAACCACAGAAUUUUCUACCGUGGAAACAACUGAGAAUUUGACUGAAGAACCUCCAGCUAUGGAAACUACUGAGAAUUUUACUGAAGAGCCUUCUUUUACUACUGAACAUUUUACUACAGAUUUUUUUACCAUGGAAGUAACUUCAGAAUCUCCUACUGUGGAAACAACAAAUACUUUGACAGAAGAGCCUUCUGUUACAACUGAAAUUUUUACUACAGAAGAAACAACUUCAGAAUUUCCUACCGUGGAAACCACUGAGCUUUUGACUGAAGAACCGUCUGUUACUACUGAUGUUUUUACUACAGAACUUAAUACAGAAGACACAACCACAGAAUUUUCUACCGUAGAAACAACUGAGAAUUUGACUGAAGAACCUCCUACUGUGGAAACAACUGAGAAUUUUACUGAAGAACCUUCUUUUACUACAGAAUUUUUUUCAAGGGAAGCAACUUCAGAAUCUCUUACUGUGGAAACAACAAAGACUUUGACAGAAGAGCCUUCUGUUACUACCGAAAUUUUAACUACAGAAGAAACAACUUCAGAAUUUCCUACCGUGGAAACCACUGAGCUCUUGACUGACGAACCUUCUGUUACUACUGAUGUUUUUACUACAGAACUUAAUACAGAAGACACAAUCACAGAAUUUGCUACACUGAAAACAACUAAGAAUUUGACCGAAGAACCUCCUACUGUGGAAACAACUGAGAAUUUUACUGAAGAGCCUUCUUUUACUACUGAACCUUUUACUACAGAAUUUUUUACAAUGGAAGCAACUUCAGAAUCUCCUACUGUGGAAACAACAAAGACUUUGACAGAAGAGCCUUCUGUUACUACUGAAAUUUUUACUACAGAAGAAACAACUUCAGAAUUUCCUACCGUGGAAACCACUGAGCUUUUGACUGAAGAACCUUCUGUUACUACUGAUGUUUUUACUACAGAACUUAAUACAGAAGAUACAACCACAGAACUUUCUACCGUGGAAACAACUGAGAAAUUGACUGAAGAACCUCCUACUAUGGAAACAACUGAGAAUUUUACUGAAGAGCCUUCUUUUACUACUGAAUUUUUUACUACAGAAUUUUUUUCAAGGGAAGCAACUUCAGAAUCUCCUACUGUGGAAACAACAAAGACUUUGGCAGAAGAGCCUUCUAUUACUACUGAAAUUUUUACUACAGAAGAAACAACUUCAGAAUUUCCUACCAUGGAAACCACUGAGCAUUUGACUGAAGAACCUUCUGUUACUACUGAUGAUUUCACUACAGAACUUAAUACAGAAGACAUAACCACAGAAUUUUCUACCUUGGAAACAACUGAAAAUUUGACUGAAGAACCUCCUACUGUGGAAACAACUGAGAAUUUUACUGAAGAGCCUUCUUUUACUACUGAACUUUUUACUACAGAAUUUUUUACAAUGGAAGCAACUUCAGAAUCUCCUACUGUGGAAACAACAAAGACUUUGACAGAAGAGCCUUCUGUUACUACUGAAAUCUUUACUACAGAAGAAACAACUUCAGAAUUUCCUACCGUGGAAACCACUGAGCUUUUGACUGAAGAACCUUCUGUUACUACUGAUGUUUUUACUACAGAACUUAAUACAGAAGACACAACCACAGAAUUUUCUACCGUAGAAACAACUGAGAAUUUAACUGAAGAACCUCCUACUGUGGAAACAACUGAGAAUUUUACUGAAGAGCCUUCUUUUACUACUGAAUUUUUUACUACAGAAUUUUUUUCAAGGGAAGCAACUUCAGAAUCUCUUACUGUGGAAACAACAAAGACUUUGACAGAAGAGCCUUCUGUUACUACCGAAAUUUUAACUACAGAAGAAACAACUUUAGAAUUUCCUACCGUGGAAACCACUGAGCUCUUGACUGACGAACCUUCUGUUACUACUGAUGUUUUUACUACAGAACUUAAUACAGAAGACACAACCACAGAAUUUGCUACACUGAAAACAACUAAGAAUUUGACCGAAGAACCUCCUACUGUGGAAACAACUGAGAAUUUUACUGAAGAGCCUUCUUUUACUACUGAACUUUUUACUACAGAAUUUUUUACAAUGGAAGCAACUUCAGAAUCUCCUACUGUGGAAACAACAAAGACUUUGACAGAAGAGCCUUCUGUUACUACUGAAAUUUUUACUACAGAAGAAACAACUUCAGAAUUUCCUACCGUGGAAACCACUGAGCUUUUGACUGAAGAACCUUCUGUUACUACUGAUGUUUUUACUACAGAACUUAAUACAGAAGAUACAACCACAGAACUUUCUACCGUGGAAACAACUGAGAAAUUGACUGAAGAACCUCCUACUAUGGAAACAACUGAGAAUUUUACUGAAGAGCCUUCUUUUACUACUGAAUUUUUACUACAGAAUUUUUUCAAGGGAAGCAACUUCAGAAUCUCCUACUGUGGAAACAACAAAGACUUUGGCAGAAGAGCCUUCUAUUACUACUGA